GGCAUUGGGUGAACUGGAGUUUCAUUUUAGCAGGAUGUGGUUGAUUAAGAUGGUCGCUGCACACAGGGAGAGUGUAUGCAGGGUCUUAGCUCAUGCAAGCAGUGUCAGGAAUGCCGAGCAGUGCUUCAGAGCUCGGGGCGGGAGGUGCUACAGCGCAUUGAGACCCAUCUAUGAGUUGAGACGUCGCCGCGGUGAAUCGCUGUGCUCGGCGCCGGUCUGUAGUUACUCCGUGUCGGCACCUAGAGGGGAGUGUGAAGCGCUGGUGUAUCGGAGGCAUGGGGAUCCCGCUCAGGUCAUACAGCUAGAGAGACUGGCACUCCCUGAGCUGGGCGUUUCAGACGUUCAUGUAAAGAUGCUGGCAGCGCCAGUGAACCCGUCAGAUAUCAACAUGGUGCAAGGUACCUAUGCUAUCCUACCAGAGCUCCCAGCAGUGGGAGGCAACGAGGGGGUGGGGCAGGUGCUUAAAGUGGGCAGUCAGGUGACCUCGUUGAGAGCUGGUGAUUGGGUGAUUCCGCAAGAUGCUGGACUUGGCACGUGGAGGACGGAGGCAGUGCUGAAUGAGAGGACCCUGGCUGCGGUCCCCAGCGACGUCCCCCUGCUGUGUGCGGCCUCGCUGAGCGUGAAUCCCUGCACUGCCUUCAGGAUGCUGUCCGACUUCGAGAACCUGCAGCCAGGGGACUGUGUGAUCCAGAACGCAGCGAACAGUGGAGUGGGGCAGGCUGUCAUUCAGAUUGCAGCCACCAGGGGGAUCCAUACCAUCAAUAUCGUCAGAGACAGACCAGACCUUCAUAAGCUGACCGAGCGGCUGAAGUCCCUGGGUGCAGAUCACGUGAUCACUGAAGACACGCUGAGGAAGCCUGAAAUGAAGGAGCUGUUCAAGAAAGUGCCUCGGCCCAGACUGGCCCUGAAUUGUGUGGGAGGGAAGAGUGCUACAGAGCUGCUGAGACACUUGCAGAAAGGAGGGACCAUGGUGACGUAUGGGGGAAUGUCGAAGCAGCCUGUCGCAGUGCCUGUGAGUGCCCUGAUCUUCAAGGAUGUGAAGCUAAGGGGGUUCUGGGUGACCCAGUGGAAGAGAGACCAUGCACACGACAGAGAGAAGGUGCAGGCGAUGAUUUCUGCGCUGUGUCAGCUGUUUCUCCAGGGCAAACUGAGCGCUCCGGCCAGCACCGAGGUCCCGUUCCGGGAUUACCAGACCGCUGUCCAGGACUCCAUGAAGCCCUUUGUGUCCGCCAAGCAGAUCCUGGUCAUGUGACCAGCUGUGAGGUCAAGCUGGGCACCUGAAUGUAGCAUCACUUUCCAUUUUUCAAACUGGCAUUUCAACAAAUUAUUCACAGGUCCUAUCAUCUAAACAUGAUGGAAUACCUUCUGGGAACUCAGUAAAGCUGUUGGAGACUCUGAUUAGGCUUUGGCAUCAUGAACUGAGAAUCCAAACCUACAUUGCCAAAUGCCAAGGCAGGCAGUGUAGACCCAGGCAGGCUACAGCAGUCGGAUUCAGUAUGUUUAGAAAGUCUUUGGACUAUGUUAAGAAAUACUAAAGGAAACUAAAAUUCAGUGUCAAAUGUUUCAACUAGUGUUUAAUAGUGAAAAUAAAAUAUAUCAUUAAACUUCAGAA